CCUGCAGCAAGCUCAGUGUCUGCACAAUGCGCGCCCUCAUUGUCGCCGUCCUCAUCGCCGUGGCCAGCGGCUCCGGCAUCAGCUACGGCGGACCGGGCAGAGGCUAUGGCGCGGGGCCGAUCGGCGCUGCUGUGGUGAUCGGUAAAAGCCACGGCAGAGGCUACGGAGGCUACAGGCGAGGCUACGGCGGUCUCGGCUACGGCCACUUGGGCGUAGGCAAGGCUGUGGCUGCCGUGCGCCCCGCGCCUAUCGUGCACGGCGUUCAUAAGGCCGUCGCCGUCGACUACGCCGAGCCGCGGCCGUACCACUACCAGUACGCCGUCGACGACCCUCACUACGGACCCAUGUUCAACAAGCAGGAGGAGGCCGACGGUGCCGGUAACGUUGUGGGCUCGUACGCCGUCAACCUGCCCGACGGCCGCACCCAGAUCGUCAAGUACGUCGCCGACCACUACAACGGCUUCAACGCCGAGGUCAGCUACGAGGGCUACGCCCAGCACCCGCAGGUGGCUCGCGGCUACGGCUACGGCGGCGGGCGAGUCGGGUACGGCGGCGGCCGUAUCGUGGGUCUGGUGGGGGGCCACGGCGCCGGUCUGGUGGGGGGCCGUGGCGGGUACGGCGCCGGUCGUAUCGGGUACGGCCGGGGUCUGAUCGGCGGCCCCGGCCGUGUCCCAGUCUACGGACACUGAAGGAGCCAGUCGGACUGAGCAGGACAUGCGCUGCGGCAUCCGCCCCCACCCACCGGCUGGGCCCGGCCGUCCGCGCCCUCUGUGCCGCGCCGACUAGGGUUAUGUUUGUAUCUGUCGUUGAUUAGGGCACUGUUGUUUGUAUUUGUCGCCGAUUAGGAUAGUCUGUAUUUGUUGCCGACUGGGUACUGUUUGUAUUUGCCAUGUUCAAGGGCCGCUAUGCUGCCAGGAGCAUCACCGCUGUUGUCUUUCACCAAUAUAUUUGUUAUGACUUA